CGCAAGACCCAAUCAUCAACACCACCUAACUCCCUCACAAUGGCUCUCCUCGUAGACAAGCACCGCCCCCGGAACCUCGAAUCUCUCUCCUACCAUCCGGAGCUCUCCGACCGUCUCAGAGCACUCGCCCAGAGCGGAGACUUCCCCCACCUCCUCGUCUACGGCCCUUCGGGCGCCGGCAAGAAAACCCGCAUCGUAGCCACCCUGAAAGAACUCUACGGCCCGGGCGUCGAAAAGAUCAAAAUCGACGCACGCGUCUUCCAGACGACGACGAACCGCAAACUCGAGUUCAACAUCGUCGCCUCGGUCUAUCACUUGGAAAUCACACCUUCAGAUGUGGGCAACUACGACAGGGUCGUCAUUCAGGAUUUACUGAAGGAAGUGGCGCAGACGCAGCAGGUCGACUUGAGUGCCAAGCAGAGAUUCAAGGUAGUCGUGAUCAAUGAGGCGGAUCAUUUGACGCGCGAUGCGCAGGCGGCGUUGCGCCGGACGAUGGAGAAGUACAGCCCGAAUCUGCGGUUGAUCCUGGUAGCGAAUUCGACGAGCAAUAUCAUUGCGCCCAUUCGGAGUCGGACCUUGCUGGUGCGGGUUGCGGCGCCGACGGAGGGGGAGAUUUGCGAUGUGUUGAGGGUGGUGGGGAAGAAGGAGGGGUGGAGGGACGUGGAGGGCCUGAAUGCGCGGAUUGCGAAGGAGAGUGGGCGGAAUCUGAGGAGGGCGUUGUUGAUGUAUGAGGCGGUACAUGCGCAGAACGAGAACCUCACCGAAAACACCCCCAUCCCGCCACCUGACUGGGAAGCCCUCAUCUCGCAAAUCGCCCAGCAAAUCGUCCAAGAGCGCAGCCCCGCGCGCCUCCUCCAAGUCCGCUCCGAGCUCUACGACCUCCUCUCCCACUGCAUCGACCCCACGACCAUCAUCAAAACCCUCACCUGGAAACUCAUCCCCAAGACGCCCGAAGAGAUUCAGCCCGAGGUCGUCAAGUGGGCGGCGUUUUACGAACACAGGUGCAGGCUGGGGAGUAAGGUCAUCUUUCAUCUCGAGGCGUUUGUGGCGAAGUAUAUGCGGGUUUAUGAGAGUCAUUUGAUGGGGUUGGACUUCGAUUAGGAGAAAAUAAAGGGGGUUGCGAGAGAGUUGGUGAGGGAGCAGAUGGGAUGGAAAGGGUGUUUCAUGGCGUUCUCAAGGAUCCUUUAUUAUGCAAGAAGGACGCUUUAUUCUGGUUAUGCAUUUACAUUCCGGCGUUGAUAUAGGCACUGCAUGCCGCAAGGGACAGGGAAAUGAAUGAUUUGUCGACCGCACACUACGUCAUACCCCAGCAAUUAUACUCGCGCAUAAUGAAGUACUCAACAGUCAAGCUUUACUUAACCCCCAACAAAAAACAACACCAGCCUUGCAAUUGCAGCAGUAUAAACCCUACGUCCCAAUUCCACUUUGCUUCCUACAGCCACACCAACCAUGUCAUCGAAUCCCAACGUCGUGGACAUUGGACCCGGAGGCCAGCAGACGCC